CGCCACUAUCCCUCUAUCCAGCCGGCGGCCUGUCUGGAUGACAAGACUGCUGUGGUUGACUCUGUGUACUGCUAAGCUUCAGUUCUGCUGAGGAGAGACCUACUCGCUGAGUACUACUACUAGCAAGAGUGACUUCCAUCCGCAACCAUGAGAGGGGAGCAUACUGUCAAACAGUUGCAAUAUGACAAGCGGCAGUAUCACAGGCACCUGAGGGGGUGGUUUAGCUAUGCUUUUGCAAGUGAAGUCUUCGUCAUCGUCUCCUUGACCCUCUUCCUCCCAAUAUGUCUGGAACAGUUUGCGCGUGACAAUGGUUAUCUUUUGCCAGACAAAACACAACCGUGCAAUACAGCCAUACCCGCCCCCGCUUCCCCUGACGUUGAAGACGCGCGUUGCGUGGUCAAGCUUGGCUGGCUAUGGAUAGAUAGUGCCAGUUUCAGCCUGUAUAUCUAUUCCGCGUCGGUCGCACUUCAGGCUCUCACCGUCAUCUCCAUGGGCGGGAUCGCAGACCACCCUCCCCAUCGCAAGAAGCUCCUCUUAGCUUUUGCUGCGCUAGGUUCCAUCUCUGCCAUACUUUUUCUCCUCAUUCCGUCCACUUCUCCUGCGUGGCCCAUCGUCGCGCUGCUUGCUGUUUGCGCGAACGUCGGUUUCGGCGCGUCCAUCGUCGCACUGAACGCCUACAUCCCAACUUUGGCCCAGGGCGCGCAAGAGGUCGUCGAGGCGCGUGCCAAGCUCGCUCGCCACACCCGUUCGGCAGAACUACCCACAGAACCGCACGAUUCGGCGGACGUCGCAUCAGAAGCAGAUGAACCUUUGCUCGCGCAGGCAUCAGACGAAGAUGACGCGCGCGCGGCGAAGGCGGAGCACGACAAGAUCCUGUCGACGACGACCUCGCGCAUCUCCUCGCAAGGGAUCGCGCUGGGAUAUGCCUCGGGAAUCGUCAUGCUGCUCCUCACGCUCAUUCCUGUGCGGGCGAUGAAGGGCUCGACGGACGCGCUCCGGCUCGCAAUCGGCCUCAGCGGGAUAUGGUGGGCGGUGUUCUCACUCCCGGCCGCGGUGUGGCUCCCUGGGGCUGCUACUAUUGCACAAGCAGCGCACUUGCUGGAGGAGGACGGUGAUAGCGUCCCCUUACGAGCAACGCCGGACGAGCAGAAAUGGAGCAUGACGCGCGAAAUUGCUCGUGCGUGGAGAAGGCUGGGACAGAUGCUACGGUGGCGGGAGAUCAAGAAGCUCCGCAACACUUUCACUUACCUCGCCGCGUGGUUUCUCCUCUCCGAUGGAUUCACGACGAUCACGUCGACCGCCCUCCUUUUCGGGAAGACAACGCUACACAUGCCAGCAUCGUCGCUGGUCCUCAUAGGCGCGCUCACGCCCUCAGCAGGCAUCCUCGGCUCGCUCGUCUGGCCGAUGGUGCAGCGCCGCGCGGGCUGGUCAAACAUGCGCGUGCUCGUCGUGCUCGUCGCGAUGGCCUCAGCGAUCCCCGCGUACGGAUGCUUCGGCUUCUUGCCCGUGUUCCAGAAAGGCAGCGUAAAGUUUGGAGGGCUAACAACUCCAGCGGAGAUGUACGUCCUCGCGGUAUACUUCGGCUCCGUAUAUGGCGCAUUCCAGGGGUACGCGCGCGCGUUCUACGCCGAAUUCAUUCCCCCUGGCGAGGAGGCGCGGUGGUACGCCCUUUUCUCCAUCACCGACAAGUCGAGCUCGUUCGUCGGACCGCUCGUCGUGGGCCUCAUCGCAGACACGACGGGCAACAUCCGCUACGCGUUCUUCUUCCUCGUGAUCAUGAUCUGGGCCGCGGUGCCUGUGCUGAUGGCGGUCGAUGUUGAGCGCGGGCGGGAGGACGCCCAGCGGUAUGCCGCGCAUGCGGCGAUGUGAGGUGGGCCUUCGUUCGUGUUAUCUGGAUGGGUGCGUUGUUCUGUUUAUAUUGUCACGUUUGCUAUCUUGCUUUGUCUAUAUAUCAUUCGCUCGGCUGUCUUCAAAUCUACGGGCGUAGUAUCGUAUAUAUGGAUGCAGAAGGCUAGAAAACCACGAACGUCUGGAUUGGACCACUACCAGCACCAAAGUGCAACCUCGCCGACAUAUUCGUGAAACCGCCCGCGAUUGUGUUCAUCCUCAAGAUCCAUGGACUCAGGAAGUCUCGGGUCUACUCCGAGUGACAAACGCUCCAGUCUCUGCGCACCUUCGGCAGCGCGACACCGCAGGCACUCCAGCACGGUGUCCAUAGUCUGCGAUUUCCACCAAACGGGAUAGAGCGUAACCUCCUUGAGGGCAGGACAGCGCACCCCAACGUGCGCCUCGCCGACUCCGUUCGGCAAUCCGGGGCCUGUUUGGAGAGAGCCAAACAACCCGCCGGGCAGCUCGAGCAUGUCGCGGCUCUGGACGUGGUGGAGCUUGAGCGUCUGGAGCGCCGGAAACGCCUCGAACACGACGUCCCAGGUCCCGGGGGAAAAGUCGAGCGUGCCAGAGAGCUCCAGCGUCGUCAACGCGAGCCCAAAGACGGUCGGGAGCCGCAGCACUUCCUGGUCCAGCUCCCGGGACCACGACGCAGGGGGUUUGUGGAGGAACAGCCGCAGGUCGAAAGGGGGAGAACCGCUGGCGUACACUUUUCUCCCCUCGUGCUUGACUUCGAGGGCGACCGAGGAGACGGAUUGGAGG